UUUCCGUGAGUCCUCGCGCCUCUCGACUGAGACGGCGACGCUGCUUAUGUCACAGCCGUAAACACUCUACGGUCUCGGCACCAGCGUCAGUCGGUCCGGCGGCGCUGAGAGUGAUGGUGAUGGUGACGGCCGCCGCUCCGUUUAUCUUCCAGUCCGUCGUUUGAUGAAGAAAAGCCGGCCUCGCGUCGACGAAGCCCGCUCUGCGAUGGACGGGCACGUUUUCCCCGACCAGGAGCAGCUGCUGCAGUUCCUGCGGAGGCUUAAGGAGGUUUUCGACGUGUGUGACGAGGACGCUGACGGCUUCAUUCGGGUGGAGCACUUGCUGGACCUUGGUCUUCAGUUCGGACAAGGAGACGAGGUAAAGGCAUUGACCAGGCACCUGGAUCCUAAUGCUCACGGGAAAAUCAACUUCAAAGACUUUUGCCAUGGAGUGUUUGCUAUCAAAGGCUGUGAGGAGAUACUGAAGAUGGCUGUGGGUCCUCGCAGUGCUUCCUCCAGCCAACCGUCUGUUACUGACAAUGGUUACAUUUACCAGAACGGCGAGGCCAGGCUGCGCACUCCGAUCAUCAUGUGUACCCGAUCCUACGCUGAGUGCAAUGCCAACAGUGAGGUGUGUGGUGCUGAUGGGGAGUGUGACAUGGACAGCAGCACUGAGAACAGCUCUGACUCUCUGAAUCCAAAACGGAAAGACAGCCACCACCUCACUGGCUCAGCGUCUGCAUCUGUCAUCUCUGGAGAGGAGCAGUUUGAGGACUAUGGCGAGGGGGAGGAUGUGGAGUUCAUUCCUAUCAGCCCGUGCCCUGAGGAAGACAACCAAACUAAUGGUUUCUCAGAUUGUAGUGCUGGGCAGACUCCUCAGAAGAUGCGGCAGCUUUAUAACAGUGAGCUGCUGGACAUCUACUGUUCUCAGUGCUGCAAGAAAGUCAAUCUACUCAAUGACCUGGAGGCUCGACUUCGAAACCUCAAGGCUAACAGCCCGAACAGAAAGAUUUCCAGCACUGCGUUUGGACGUCAGCUGUUCCAGGCCAACCACAGUGUGUUUGGCUCGAGUCAGGGCAGCAGCACAGAGGAUCUGUUCACAGACAGCAUCGACUCCUGUGACCUGGACAUCACAGAGAAAGUCAGUUAUUUGGAGAAGAAAGUGACAGAGUUGGAAAGUGACAGUCUGGCCAACAGUGACCUCAAAUCUAAACUCAAACAGGAAAACACUCAGCUGGUCCACAGGGUCCAUGAGCUGGAGGAGCAGGUGAAGGAUGCAGAGGCGAGAGCAGACCAGUGUCUGGAGGAGGAGACCAGGAGGCACCGUGAGGUUUACAGCAAGAUGGAGAGAGACAGAAACCAAGAGUUGGACCUGCUCCACAACAGAGUACAGCAGUUAGAGGAAGAAAAUGGAGAGAUGAAGAUAAAUGUGUGCAGACUCAAGUCUCAGACAGAGAAACUGGACCAGGAGAAGCAGAGGAUGACAGACAAGCUGGAGGACACGAGUCUGAGGCUGAAGGAUGAGAUGGAUCUCUACAGAAAGAUACUGGACAAGCUGUGGUACAACCGCCAUGCAUUUCAAAAGGAAAAGGAGUCCAUGCAGGAGCUGAUCGAAGACCUGCGCCGGGAGGUGGAUUAUCUGCAGGUGUUCAAACUGGAGAUGGAGCACCCUGGAACAGGAAAGGGACUGUCCGAGUACAACGCCAAGACCAGGGAGAGUGAAAUGGAACAUGAAGUCAGGAGGCUCAAACAGGAGAACCACAAGCUGCGGGAUCAGAACGACGACCUGAACGCCCAAAUUCUCAGUCUAAGUUUGUAUGAGGCCAAGAACCUGUUUGCCUGUCACACCAAGGCCCAGUGUCUGGCUGCAGAGAUCGACAACGCAUCCAGAGACGAGCUGGUCGAUGCUUUGAAGGAGCAGGAGGAGAUCAACCUGCGUCUGAGGCAGUACAUGGAUAAAAUCAUUUUGGCCAUUCUCGACCACAACCCUUCUAUACUGGAGAUCAAAAGCUAAAUGUGCACUUACACACUCACACACACACGCACGCACGCACGCACACACACACACACCAAUAAUGUAUUGUAUAUCCUUCAGCACCACAGCAGUUGUUUGUCAAUAGACAAAUCCAGCGACCAAUGUGUGUUACGCCAUCUAGAGGCGCUGCCAUUACUGCAGUGGUGAGUCUCAUCAGCGACUCUUGGAGACGGCAGCAUGGAGAGUCGGACCGAUGACGUCAGACAGUGUUCACCCGUUACUAACAGACGCACAAUAUGAACGGUAACAGUAUUCACAUUUUUGAAUAAGAGCUCGACUUGUUGUGACAAUCACCAGAAGAUACAGAAAAACAGGACAUGGACUGCCAUGUUUCAGUAAAUGUAGAAUAGUGCAACAUAACGACUCUCUUGUUAGUUUAAUGGUGGAGAGUUUUAAUUCAUAUUAUAGACCGUGUGUAUUCAUUUGAACAGGGUCAGCUUGUUGGUCCUCUGCUCACGCAGGGAGACUGUAAUGUGUGCUGUUGGUCUGUCUGAAAUCAAGGCUUGAGUUUUUCAAACGGUGUCACGGUUGUUGGAGCAGUUGAGAACGACUCUUGUGUUACGACCCGGCUCGUUUUGGAGAGCAGUAACAUGUGAUUGGAAUCAGAAAUAAGGUGGAAUACGACAACUGGAGCGGCUCGGGGUAAAGUCAGGAGUUAUUAAACAAGGAGUGUGCACUUGCACGAGGAAAUCUAACAAAAGGAGGCUGUACACGUGCUGACAAAUAACUAAUACACAAAGUGAAAAACUACGUUCUUUUGAGGAGCACGCAUUCAAACAUGCUGCUGUUAUCGGGAGUCGCCUCCACAGUACUGGCAGUUUGCUUACGACCAUCACUACUUCAGAUCUCCAUGCCACCACCGUUACAUCUUUGAAGCCACUGAAACUGCCACAGUUCACUUCAUUCCUUAAAGACACUGUAUUGAUUAUUAUGUUGGAGAAGAGUGAAACACAAGCCACAUGUGAGGAGUGUGAAGAGUGCGUUACCAGUGUUUCACAUGUUUACUACACACUGUUUGCCAAAGCUGUCCAUGGGGUUGUAGAAUUAUUCAUCUCCCCGGCAGCAUUUAGUUUCUCUUAUCUAAUGUUAAAUAAAAGUCAUAAAAGUCACUCUGUAGCAGUGGCGGUGGCUGGUCUUUGAAAACAGAGGAAGCUCAUUUCAGGCCCAGUUAUUUAUACAUAAAUUCUUACAUACAUUCUGCAAAUGAACAACUAGAAACAAAGAAACGCGAUAAUGAUGUACAACUGAAAUGCUACACUCGUGUUUUUAUUUACAUGUACUAAUGAAAAUGGAGACUUCCCUCACAAAAUCCACACAGGACUGAGGCAGAAAAUCUCCACUGUUGUGUGUGUGUGUUUCUGCGACGCUGUCAAUCAAAAACUGGUUCCGCCGUUCAGACAUUUCCUCCAAUCAUCACGCAGAAGCCCAGCGUCCGUGUCCGCCCACUGCUCCACUGACUCCCAGAGAAGCUGAGCUUCUGUGGAAUUGUCCGAGAGAGAGAACCGUUGAUAAAAAGCUGAUUCUUCUCAGUAGAGGUGGGCAAGAUAUAUCAUUUAAGAUGACAUCGUGAUUGUUGUUUUAAAGAUUUGAAAAUUGACAUUCUCAAGUCCUAAAAUGACUUUAAAUCACUCCACACUUUCCCUGAAUGUGUGCAGCAGAAGCCCCCAGUGUCACAGGGAGAAAACAUGGAGACACCAGCAACUUGGUCUGUAAAGUUGUUUUAUUAUUUACUCUUGUUUGUGUGCGGCACAAUUUACCUUACAGUCGAGCAUCUGAAUGUUUACUACUGUAGUUCAGUUAUAAAUCUGACAAUUUUUACUUGAAUGCUUAAGUUUAAAGAAAAUAAGAGUUGUUUUCCUGAAACAGUGUCAAGUGAUAUAAUUUGUAAUUAAAUUAAAGAACUUAGCAAAUCAUUUAAUUGUUGUUGUCAAAAAGAUAUUAAGAAUAUACAUUA